AUGGAGAUGGGUCACGUGACUGUGCCGCCCCCUGUCGCAGAUCACCUUUAUUUACGCGAUGACGCGGAUUAUUUACCGAACGUCUGCACAUAUGACACUGCUACCAUAACACCCUACAAGCAAUUGAUUAAGGGCGUCUUCAAGAGCAUGGCGCUAGAUCGCCGAAGGCUUCCUGGUUGUAUGUCUGAAUUCCAGGCUCUUAAAUCCUCCGCGUCAACGCCGUCGCUGCGGUCCCGGGAGUCUGAGCUUGUAGAAAUGGGUCGUACUACCCCUGAUAACGGUGCUGGUAAUAUGAACCCAAAAACUCAGGAGACAAUCCUAUUGAUACCAAAUGCUACAGACGCGGCCAACUCGCGUACUCAGAGCAGGAAGAUCAUGGAGGAGAAACAUUUCACAUUCGACAACUCUUUUUGCUCUCAUAAUCCAAACGCAGAGCACUAUGCUCACCAGGAAGAGAUAUACAACGCUUUAGGGGAAGAGUUCCUUGACCACAAUUUCGAAGGCUAUCACACAUGCAUCUUUGCUUAUGGACAAACGGGUUCUGGAAAAUCAUACACAAUGAUGGGUACACCGAGUGAACCAGGUCUGAUACCGCGGACGUGUGAAGAUCUUUUUCAAAGGAUUGAGUCGUGCGAUUCAACCCACAUAUCUUAUACCGUCCGGGUUUCGUAUUUCGAAGUCUAUAACGAGCAUGUUCGGGAUCUUCUUGCACCUGUGCAACGCUCUUCAAGCGAGCAUCCGUAUUACCUUAAAAUUAGAGAAUCUCCUACCGAAGGCCCCUACGUGAAAGACCUCACAGAUGUCCCCGUCCGCAAUUACGCAGAACUCCUUCGUUGGAUGCGUCUUGGAGAUGUGAGCAGAACGACAGCGUCGACGAAAAUGAAUGAUACAUCCUCUCGUUCUCAUGCGGUGUUUACCAUCAUGCUGAAGCAGAUACACCACGAUAUUGCCACUGACAGCACCACCGAGAGAUUGGCACGUAUUCGUUUGGUCGAUCUUGCAGGAAGCGAACGCGCAAAAGCUACUGAAGCCACGGGGGCUCGGCUUCGCGAAGGAAGCAACAUUAACAAAUCACUGACUACUCUGGGUCGUGUGAUAGCCGCACUGGCAGACCCUCGGCACAGCCGCUUGCACAAUGGGGGAAGAAGCAGAAGUAAAGAUGUUGUGCCAUACCGAGACUCCGUCCUGACAUGGCUCCUGAAAGAUUCCCUAGGUGGAAAUAGUAAAACGGCCAUGAUCGCCUGCCUUGCGCCAUCGGAUUAUGACGAGACACUCAGCACGCUCAGAUACGCGGAUCAAGCCAAACAUAUCCGUACACGAGCCAUCGUGAACCAAGACUCCGUUUCGGCUGCACAGCGGGAUGCGCAAAUUGCAGACAUGCAAAACACCAUUCGAGAAUUGCAGCUCCAGGUCAGUGUAGCUAAUCAGAGUGCCAAUGAGCGGAUGGCACGGGGACGAGAGGCAUUGAACGCGGCUGAGAAGGGAGCUGGUGCUAGAGAUGACAAGCUGGAAGAGUAUCAGAGUAAAGUCGAAAGGAUGCAGAGAAUGAUGGAAGAGGAGAGGCUGGUUGGUGAGAGCAAAAUUCGCCAACUAAUGGAACAGAAUGAGGCAUUGAGAUUGCAUCUGAAAUUGGCGGUGGAGAGUCUCCGAAAUCCUAUCACAGUCACACCACAUACCGAAAUUGAAGAGGAUGAUGUCGGCAUAGAUAGGGACCAACCAAUUGGCAAAGGAGAAGCGGAGUUCGCGGCACAAGAAGAGAAUACGAGGCCCGUACCCGAAAUAGAUGAGGACGAGGGUUAUCAUGAUGACGAGAGAAUUGAGGCCGAGGCUAUUGAGAUGCAGAUGAGGAUGGCGGAAUUGCUUAAGGAUCUUGGUCUGUUCAAGAGAAAGAUCGCCGAUGAUCAUGAACGUUUCAGUGUCGACUCAGAGAAACCCGCUCAGGGAGGAUUAGGCGUGAUGUGA